GCGCGCGCCCGGCCGCCCGCUCCCCCUUGGUUCCUGUUCCCGCGCGGCCGCAGAGAGCGGGCGCGCUCGCGCUCCCAACCUCCUCCCGCCAGGCUCGUGCACGCGCCUCGAUCUCGCCUGGGUCUGGGCGCGAGUCCGACUCUCCCUGGGUCCGCGCGCGCGCGCGCGCGUGAAGACGCGCUUCCUGCCCGCCGAGUGACGUCGGUGUCCCCCCCCCCACCCACCCCCCGGGCCGGCGGGCCGGGAGCAGCGGGAGGGGGUGGUGGAGGUGGUCACCGGAUCGCCGAGUCGGGACUUUCUCAUUUCCUGAUGAUGCACAGGCCCACUUGCUCUCAAUAGAUGGUUAGAGAAGGACCAUCCAACUCUUAUCAGUGUUCAGAAGGUCUCAUGAAAUAUGUUAUAGUGGGAAAAUGGCUGAGGAUCCUCAGAGAAACUUCCGUUCUCACUAUUAUGAAAAGGUUGGGUUCCGUGGUGUUGAAGAGAAGAAAUCACUUGAGAUCCUGCUGAAGGAUGAUCCAUUAGAUCUUGAGAAACUAUGCACUUUUGCUCAACGCUAUCCCCUCCCAACCAUGUAUCGUACUCUUGUGUGGAAAAUAUUGCUUGGUAUUCUCCCUCCUCACUAUGAAUCUCACGCUACUGUAGUAACAUUUCGGAAAGAACAAUACCAGGACCUGUUGCAAGCAUUGCAAGUUAUCCGCUUUGUUCAAGAUUCCACACCACAAGUUUGGGUUUACCUCCGAAUGUAUCAGUUAGAGUCUGGAACACUGCCACGACGUCCAUCUCAGUCACUGGGACCCGAAGACAAAAUGUUAAUUGCAAUUGCAGAAGCAAUGGAAGAGAUGAUAGAGAACGAUGUUGAUGCCUACUGGCUAGUCAAAUGUUUUGUGAAACAAUUUAAUAAUAAAUAUGGAGAUUCACUGCCUCACUUGCCAAAGAGCCUUGAACAUUACCUGAAUCUGGAAGACAGCAAGCUCCUUGCUCACCUUAACAUGUGCUCAGCCAUGAGUAAACUCCCCUAUGAUGUGUGGUUCACACACUGUUUUGCAGGCUAUUUACCAGAAUCAAGCCUUCAAAGGGUUUGGGACAAAGUCAUAAGUGGAUCAUGCAAAAUUCUGGUCUUCGUAGCCAUGGAGAUCUUACUAACUUUUAAGAUGAAAUUAAUGGCAAUGAAUAAAGCAGAAAGUAUUACACAGUUCCUUCUUAACAUUCCACAGGAGAAUACAGAUGCGAUCAUCAGCAAAGCCAUUGAUUUAUGGCACAAAUAUGUUGGGACUCCUGUGCACUCUGUGUAAUUAAAACUUGAAUGAAAAAGA